AAUCUAACUUUAAAAUUUUAACUGUAACUGUAGCGAGGCGGAAGUUUUGUAAACAGAAGGGGAAUGAUCGCCUCAGAGAGAAGAGGUUGAUAUGUAAUGCUCUUUUCAAAAAAGCUUAAUGUUUCGUUUUCAAUUAUGUUUCUUGUUACGUUUUGUGUUAAAUAUUAAAUGUUUUAAAAAGAAAUAGUUAAUUCCUUUAAUGGCAGAACUUGUUACUUUUUAUUAUUGACAUCUUUUUAUUUUUACAAGAGUAGCGAUCCUUUUUAAAGCGAAAGAAAAGCUUUCCAUCUUCUCACCGGGAAAAUUGAAGAACAACAGAAAUUGCAGGUAAGGUAAUUUUACCUUUACCUUUAAUUAAGAAUUAUUAUUGAAUUUGUUUGAGUUGAUUGAUAAAUAAUUUUUUACAUGGCAUCCCCGCUGGGACUGAGAAGACCGAUUAGUUUUUCUUAAAAGAUCGUGUAUUUAUCGAAUUGAUAUAUAAUUUAAAAAGAUGUCGGCAGAUGAGAAAAUUAAACAGUUAAAAAGAAAACGAGGUUCCUUAAGAACAAGCGUAACAAAUACACUGACUAAAUUAGAUGCAGAACUUUCGAAAACGGAAGAUAUAAAUGUCAGUGUAAUCGAAGAAAUAAUCGAAACAUUAACAAACAAAUUUGAUUCUUUGAGUUCUGUUGAUAAAGAACUAGAACCACUCUUCAACGAUGAUGAAUAUCAAUCAGAAUUUGAAAAAACAGAAGAGUAUCAAGAUAAGGUAGUUAUUUCUAAACUAAGAGCAAAAAAGAAAAUAAAUGAAAUGCAAACGUCAGUAAAGAGUAUGGAAAGCGAAAAUAUAACCUUACAACGUUCAAUAAAUAAAACAGAAAUAAACGAAUCAGCAGCAGAAAAGGUGCGCAUUCAACUCCCGAAACUGAGUAUCGCGAAAUUUUAUGGUGAUGUCAGCCAAUGGCUAACCUUUUGGAAUAGUUUUGAAACAGCGAUACACAAUAAUGAAUUAUUAGAUAAAGUGGACAAAUUUAACUAUUUGAAGGCGCAUUUAGGUGGGUCUGCUUUAAAUACGGUUGAGGGUUUUUCAAUUUCAAACGCAUCAUAUGAUUCCGCAAUUGAAUUAUUAAAAGAUAGAUUUGCUAAGAAAGAUUUACUUAUUCACACACAUAUGAGCGCUAUUUUAAAUAUGCAACCGUUGAAAAGUUCAAACGAUAUUCGCGCGUUUAGAAAAUUUUAUGAUAAUUGCAUGACACAUAUACGCAGUUUAGAAUCAUUAGAAUUAAAACCGGAAAAUUAUGGAAGUGUAUUGUGUCCUAUGUUGCUUAAAAUAUUACCCCCAGAUUUAGUAUUAGAGUAUAAUAAAAUCGAAAAUGAAAAUGUAUAUUCAGAUAUAAAAGAGCUUUUAAAUUUUCUUUCGAAAGCAUUAAGUUGUAGAGAACGCUCAAUUCAGAUGAGUGCAGUAAGUGACCUUGGAAAUAAAUAUCAAGUGGAUCGGAGAAAUCCGAGACACAUCAGUCGGCACCAUAAUGAAGAAAUAAAUUUCUCCCCCUCUAGUAGAAAGUUAAAUAUUCAAUCACGUGAAAAUGAGAAGCCGAAAUAUACGGCAACAGAUUUAUUGAGCUCUGAGAUGAAACAGAACAGGAAUAAAAAAUCUUUCUGCGUUUUUUGUGAGGAACCGCAUGAUUCAGCGAGUUGUAAAUUAGCAAUGAGUUUAUCGUUAGAAGAAAAAAAGAAUAUUUUGAAAAAAAGACGAGCUUGCUUUCGCUGUUUAAUUAUGAAUCAUAGGGCGGAUCAGUGUUAUUCAAAAAUUGUUUGCACAUUUUGUUCGAAGCGCCAUGCAUCAAUAAUGUGUUAUUUAAAUCAUGAUUUAAAAGGGAAUGAAUCCGAUAAUUCUGAUAAUAGUAAUAAACUUGUUGAAAGUAGUGUUUUAACUAAUAAUUGUUGUUCUAAUGAAGUUUAUUUACAAACUUUAAUUGUAUAUGUUCAUGGUCAGAAUUCUAAAAAUUUAGUAAGAAUAAUUAUUGAUUUGGGUAGUCAAAGAUCAUAUUGUAGUAAAUUUAUUGCUAAAACAAUGGGUUUAAAUUGCAUUGGGGAGGAAACUGUCACCCACGGACUUUUUGGAGGUAUUGAAAAUACUGAACAACAUAAGCGGUAUAGUGUUAAGCUAACUAGCCUGGAUGAGAAAUUCAGCUGUGAAUUUGACGUGAUGGAUCAGAAGCAGAUUUGUGCUCCUAUUCCUAAAAUAAGUGAUUCCAACUGUAAACGUGAAUUAAAAGGUAUGGGUAUUUUUGCAAGUGAUAUCGAAUUAAAAGGGAAUUCUUGUUUGUAUGAAAAAAACCCAAAUGAAAUUCACAUACUUAUUGGGGCAGAUCUUGCAAGUAUCUUGCUAACGGGGAAUAUUAAACAUCUAUCAGGAGGGUUAGUAGCUGCGAAUACGCGUCUUGGGUGGACAGUGCUGGGAAAAUCUGUACGAGAAAACGCAUUUAAUACUCCUCAGUUAUUAUUAACUUUACAUGUAGAUUAUGCUAAAAUAUCGGAUCUCUGGGAGUUAGAUUCUUUAGGAAUUCACGAUAUGAGUGAAAAACAAACAAAAACAGAAACACAAGAAAUUGUUCUAAAGCAUUUCCAAGAAACAUUAACCAGAGAUCAAAGCGGUAGGUAUCAGGUUUGUUUACCUUGGUUGGAGGGUCGUGUAACAUUGUCGGAUCAUAAAGAAUUGGCCAAGAAAAGGCUUAGCAAUACCGUGCAAUCGCUUAAUUCUAGUAAUAUGUUAAAGGCGUAUCAAGAUGUAUUUGAUGAGUGGGAAAAAGAAGGCAUUAUAGAGCAGGUUUUGUCAGAUCAUAACAACAUAAAUAAAGCAGAGACCACUGAGCACUUCUUACCUCAUAGACCAGUCAUCAAAGAGAAUUCAACGACUAAAAUUCGUCCCGUGUUUGAUGGGUCAGCUAAAACUCGUAAUUCUUUAUCGUUAAAUGAGUGUAUUGAAAAAGGGCCAAAUUUGAUAGAGCUAAUACCAUCAGUUUUAAAUCGUUUUAGAUGGGGUAAAAUCGGUGUUAUAGCCGAUAUUCGCAAAGCCUUUUUACAAAUAAGCCUGCAAGAAAGUGAUAGGAAUUUUUUGAAGUUUUUAUGGUGGAGAGACGGUGACCCUCGCAAAUUAAUUACUUACAGGCACUGUCGCGUUGUUUUUGGUGUUUCGUGCAGCCCUUUUCUGCUAGCUGCCGUUUUAAACCACCAUUUGGAAAACGUACCAGAAAACUUAAAGCAUUUGGCUAAGAAACUAAAAGACUCCAUGUACGUGGACAAUUGUGUAGCAAGUGUUGAUUCUGUUGCAGAACUAGAAUAUUUUCGAUCAGAAUCUCAAAAACUGCUAGCAUCUGCAAAAUUUGACUUGCGUGGCUGGAUACAUAAUGCACACACUUCAGAGAAUAAAGUUGAGGAAAAUUUACAGAUUGCGAAUUCCGAAAACUUUAAAGUCCCAGUUUUAGGGCUUUUGUGGAACUUUAAGAACGAUACGUUGUCUUGCGAUAUUAACGAUAUCAGUAUCGAUGAUAAAAGCAUAACUAAGAGAAAAAUAUUAUCAUUGGCACAUAAGAUAUUUGACCCUAUUGGGUUCACGUGCCCAGUGACUCUAAUACCGAAACUACUUCUCCAAGAUUGUUGGAAAGCUCAAGUCUCUUGGGAUGCUGAACUGCCGAAAGAUAUCGUUCAAAAGUUUAAUAAUUGGAGAAACCAAAUCUCAGAUUUGAAAGACAUUGAAAUUCCUCGAAAUUACUCAUGCUUGGAUUUGAAUGACGCAAAAUUGACUUUGCAUGUUUUUUGCGACGCAUCCAAACUUUCUUAUGCUACUGGAAUUUUCUUGAGAGCAGAACGGGGAAAUGAAGUGACUUGUCAGUUACUACAAGCUAGAUCACGAGUGGCACCAUUAAAGAAUGUGUCUAUCCCGAGAUUGGAAUUACUCGCCUGUAACAUCGGAGUGAGACUAGCAACAUCUGUAAAAAAUGAUCUGAACUUGAAGGAUAUCCAGACAUUUUAUUGGUCUGAUUCCAUGGACGCAUUGUAUUGGAUAAAGAAAGAAGGUCCAUGGGUUGUAUUUGUGACCAAUAGGGUAAAAGAAAUAAGAGCUUUGUCCCAAGUUAGUGAAUGGAAUUAUGUUCCAGGAAUUCAAAACCCGGCCGAUUUACCUUCUAGGGGGUGUUCGGUGAAGACGCUUAUCAAGGGAAAAUGGUGGCAGGGGCCACCAUGGCUGAAAGACUCUAGAGACCGCUGGCCUAAUUACAAAUUGAUUCCAGAUGAAAAGGUGAUAAACUCUGAGAAGAAGAAAAUUGUCGUGUCUUCCUUGAAUAAAGAAAAUGACGAAUACUAUCAUCGCAUUUCUUCGUACAAAAGAAUAAUAAGAAUCACCGGUUGGAUUUUAAGAUUUUCCAGAAAUGCUAAGACGCCUAGUGAUAAAAGAUCUGGACAACUAUGUGCUGAGGAACUGAAGAAGGCCGAGCUGAAAAUUCUAAAGAAAGUCCAGGAUGAAGAAUUCUUUGGAGGAACAGAAAACCAAUUGAAGUCUCUAAAAAUUAUAACAGACAAUGAUGGUCUCCUAAGGGUUAAAACCAAAGUUUUCAUGAGAAUAGAUGAAGAGGAUUUUAGACUUCCACUACUUUUACCAUCAAAUCAUCACGUGGUAAAAAGUCUAAUAAUCAGUAAACAUCAAGAGUUAGGACAUGCCGGAGUACCAUUUUUAAUGACUGCCUUAAGAGAAAAUUAUUGGAUCUUAAAGAGUAGAAGAACCAUAAAGAAAGCCAUAAAGAUGUGCGUUGUAUGCCAAAGGUUCAAUUCAAGACCAGCUAGUAUUCCUGAAGGACCAUUACCGGAAGAUCGAGUAAAGGAAGCGUCUGUUUUUGAGAUAAUUGGUUUAGAUGUGGCAGGUCCUUUGUACCUUAAAGAAAGACAAAAGGUGUGGAUACUUCUAAUAACAUGUGCUAUCUACCGAGCAGUUCAUUUGGAACUUUUGACUGCAUUAUCCACUGACAACUUCUUAUUGGCUCUAAGAAGGUUCAUUUCACGACGCGGAAGACCUUCGAAGAUCUAUUCGGAUAAUGGGACUAACUUCGUCGGAUUUGAAAAACUGCUGAGAAAUGUUGAUCUCGAGAGAUUGAAAGGUGAAAUCGCUCCCAUCACUUGGAAAUUUAUACCACCUUCAGCUCCAUGGUGGGGUGGUUUCUGGGAACGUUUAGUAGGUCUUAUGAAGCAGAUUUUGAGAAAAGUGCUGGGAAGAACUUCGCUAAGUUAUGAGGAAAUGGCUACUGUUUUGUGCGAAUGUGAGUGUCUUCUCAAUUCAAGACCACUUACCCAUGUUUCUGAUGAUGCAAAUGACUUGAAUCCAAUUACACCAGCAAUGUUUUUGCAAGAAAACAAAAGUAAUGAUGUUACAGAUCUUGACCAAUGCAGCCAAACAGAUGGAAAAAGUUUAAAUAAACGUUUGGCAUACCGGUUAAGAAUUUUAAAAGAUCUACGUUCGAGAUUUCGUGUGGAUUACCUAGGACAACUACGAGAAAGUUACAGAAAGAAAAAUAACGUCCCUGUUCCUAAAGUAGGUGACAUAGUACUCGUAUGGAGUGACAACAUCAAGAGACUUAACUGGCCGAUGGCACGAAUUUUGGAAACAUAUCCCAGUCAAGAUGGACUUGUUCGUUUAGCGAAAAUAAAGACAAAAUCUGGUGUCUUUAUUCGCCCUGUUCAGAAACUGUGCCCUAUGGAACUGGAUAGUUGUGAUGUUAUUGCCAAUAAUACUCCGAAUGAUUGUGUCAACCCUAACCCUUCAGUGACUGAUAACUGCAGAAAAACUGAUUCUGUGACCACUCGAGCUGGUAGGGUUGUGAGAGUGCCUCAACGUUUUAGACAGUAAUAUUUUGAGUUUCAGUGAUCGACAUCUCUAAAACUCAAGAGGGGAGUGUUGAGAAACUGUGAUGAACAAUCUAACUUUAAAAUUUUAACUGUAACUGUAGCGAGGCGGAAGUUUUGUAAACAGAAGGGGAAUGAUCGCCUCGAAGAG